UUUUCCAAUUGAUGAAUAACUACGUGGAGUAUUAAUUUUCUUGAAUAAAAAAUUGGUUAUAUUACUUCCAGACACGAAUAUAGUCCAAAGCCAACCCAAAUUUAGAUGAUUAAAAUGAACAAAUCCAAUACAUUGUACCGAAUCAGUCCCCCAUUUCCAGUUCCCUCUGACGUUUUAUUUAUUUAUUUUAUUUCCUAAGCUCUUUCCUGAUCAUUCUGUGUUCCUCCAUCACUGAGAAGAAUCUGUACUCGCUGCCGUUUUGCUCUCCACACAUUCAGCAGGUGCUAGAUUAUAAAUGUGUCUCAGUGUGUGUUAAUCAUGUAUUUUGAACACUGGAAAGUUUGGGAAUUUCUUCUUGAAGUAGAAGCAAUUACUAAUAUUAUUCCUUUGAUGUGGAAAUUUGUCUUUACACACUGUUCUUUGGUGCUGCUAUACACUGCUGCAUGGAAUUGCAUUGCUUUUGUUGCAAGUUUUAAGUGUCUCAGUAGUGUACAAGGGGAGGAGACUUUAGGGUGGACUGGCCAAUUUGAUAUGGAUUGGAGUCUGAUCUAAUCCAUGGUUUGGGGUCGAUAUGGCCAUUUUCAUUCCUUCAGAGGUCCUAAAAAUCAUCUUUUGGGAUGACCCCAGGGAAACUACUUUUAUAACAGUACACUCAUUUCCAUCAAAUGGCCUUUUUAUGUUCUCUUGAAUUGCGGUUUUGGGGAAAAUACUACUUGGUUCUUUGAUGCAGACAUAUGGCAACGCUUAGUGAUAUAGGUGUGGCAGCUGCAAUUAACAUCCUCAGUGCAUUUGCCUUCUUGGUUGCAUUUGCCAUCCUUAGGCUGCAACCUGUUAAUGAUCGGGUAUACUUCCCAAAAUGGUAUCUAAAGGGGGUCAGGAAUAGUCCACUACACUCUGGGACAAUAGUACACCGAUUCGUCAACUUGGACUUCCAUUCCUACUUGAGAUUUCUUGACUGGAUGCCUGCUGCUCUGCAAAUGCCCCAAGCUGAGCUUAUCGAUCAUGCAGGCUUAGAUUCUGUAGUUUACUUGAGGAUUUACUUGACAGGGCUUAAAAUAUUCGUUCCGGUUGCUAUCAUCGCUUUUACCGUCAUGGUUCCAGUUAAUUGGACGAAUCGCACCUUGGAGGAAUCUAAUUUGACUUAUAGUGAUCUAGACAAGCUUUCAAUAUCAAAUAUACCAACGGGGUCACAGAGAUUCUGGACUCACCUGGUAAUGGCUUACUUUUUCACCUUCUGGACAUGUUAUGUGUUAAAGAGAGAGUAUGAGAUUAUUGCAUCCAUGAGGCUACACUUUCUCGCAUCACAGCAUCGUCGCCCUGAACAGUUUAGUGUUCUAGUGAGGAAUGUCCCACCAGAUCCUGAUGAAUCAGUUAAUGAGCUUGUGGAGCACUUUUUUAUGGUCAACCAUCCAGACUACUAUCUCACUCAUCAGGUCGUAUACAAUGCAAACAAACUGUCAGAACUUGUUAAUGAAAAGAAGAAAAAACAAAAUUGGCUUGAUUACUAUCAACUAAAGCACGCAAGAAAGCAGUCUCAAAGGCCAAGAACAAAGGGUGGUCUUCUUGGCUGCUGUGGUAAGAGUGUGGAUGCAAUUGAUUUCUAUAGUUCUGAAGUUGAAAGACUUUCAAAGGAGAUUUGUACAGAGAGAAUGAACAUUAUAGGGAAUAACAAGUAUAUUGUUCCAGCUGCAUUUGUUUCCUUCAAGACAAGAUGGGCAGCUGCAGUUUGUGCACAAACUCAACAGACUAGAAACCCAACCAACUGGUUGACUGAGUGGGCUCCGGAGCCUCGUGAUGUCUACUGGGACAAUCUGGCGAUUCCAUAUGUUUCACUUACAAUCAGAAGGCUCAUAGUUGCCGUGGCAUUCUUCUUCCUCACUUUUUUCUUCAUGAUCCCAAUUGCAUUUGUGCAGUCUCUUGCUAACAUUGAGGGAAUUGAAAAAGCUUUUCCCUUCCUUAAGGGCAUAAUUGAAACGAAGGCUGUGAAGUCUUUCAUCCAGGGAUUUCUUCCCGGCAUCGCUUUAAAGAUUUUUCUCAUCUUUUUACCAUCAAUAUUAAUGUUAAUGUCAAAAUUUGAAGGAUUCAUAUCCAUAUCAUCCCUAGAGAGGAGAUCUGCAACACGAUAUUAUAUUUUUCAGUUCAUCAAUGUGUUUCUUGGAAGCAUCAUAACAGGGACUGCUUUUCAACAACUAAACAACUUUAUCCAUCAAUCUGCAAAUGAAAUCCCAAAGACAGUUGGUGCAUCCAUCCCAAUGAAGGCAACCUUCUUCAUAACAUACGUAAUGGUGGAUGGAUGGGCAGGAGUUGCUGGGGAGAUUCUGAGGUUGAAGCCUCUAAUCAUAUAUCAUUUGAAGAAUUUCUUAUUGGUGAAGACUGAAAAGGAUAGACAAGAAGCAAUGGAUCCUGGGAGUCUAGGUUUCAACACCGGCGAGCCACAAAUCCAGCUUUACUUCCUUCUUGGCCUUGUUUAUGCUGUUGUGUCUCCUAUUUUGCUUCCUUUCAUUAUAGUAUUUUUCAGCCUAGCAUACGUCGUAUAUCGCCAUCAGAUAAUCAAUGUGUACAACCAAGAGUAUGAAAGUGCAGCAGCAUUCUGGCCUGGUGUGCAUGGGCGCAUAGUGACUGCUCUUAUUGUCUCACAACUGCUUCUAAUGGGACUGCUAAGUACAAAGAGUGCUGCUCAUUCAACACCACUUCUUAUUACACUUCCAAUAUUGACCAUAUGGUUUCAUUUGUUCUGCAAAGCCCGUUAUGAACCAGCUUUCGUCAUUUACCCAUUACAGGAGGCGAAGAUGAAAGAUACUCUGGAACGUACAAAAGAAC